CACGGGAGCUCAGCAUCCGAAACCCUGCAGAGAGCAUCCAGCGCCUGCCUGCCUGCCUGCAGCGCGCCCCCUGUCAUGCACCGCUCCUACCAGCCCAUCCUCCCCUGUGGGAACAAGUACCUGCAGCAGAAGUGGGACCACGCCUGUUACCUGGAGCAUCGGCGCAAGGUACAAGCUGCUAAACCAACAGUUGACAACAAUGCUCCUGAAAUCUUCUCGCAUCUUCAACAGAAAUUUAAGAAGCUUAAGCUUGAGGAUGAGCGGCUCUCCAACAUAGAACGAAAUAACAAGAAGCUGAUGGAAAAAAUGUCAACAAUCAUGAGGACCACUGGGCGAGUUGACAACAUAAAUGUGCACAAGCCAAAAAGUUUGAACAGAGAAAUGCGGCAGCGGGAGAUGCAAAGAGUCACUCGUGAGAACCAGGCUAUGCAGGAGCGCCUCAAGCAGGUCGAGCCACAGUACAACCACCUCAAGUGGCUUGAGGACUGGUAUAAAUCGGAGAAAUACGAGAACAACAUUGCCCGCUAUCCCCAUGCCUGGUACACUGCGCAGAGGCUACAGCCCAAAUCAAAAGCAAGGAAGGUUAAAUCAGCAAAAAAUUCUGAAAAGAGCAAGAGAGUACAAGUGAGGACAUCAACGUGAAGGACAGCAGAGCAAGGGGCAACAUUCAGUCUUCAAUUCAACCCGCUCAACGUGAAGCUCAGUACCAGCUUUGUCUCCUAUUAAUUGAUCUUCCGUAAACAUUACAGUCUUCUCAUCAACCGCAAACCUCCUUUCAGCAGAUUAUUUAGAUCAGGGGCGGGGAACCUUUUCAUGUUGGAAUGCCUCAUCUAAUCUGUAAUCUGUUAGCUGUAAUCUAAUAAUGCCACA